AUGUUUUUCUACAGACUUCUGUUGUGCUUUUCUGUGACAGGCAUUGUUUCCGCGCAGUCUGACAGCCCUGAAUUAUCGUACGCACUGAGAUCUGAACUGUCCGAGGAUGCAAUUUUGGUUGCAAACAACGGAAUACGCGUGCCUUUCGGGAGAUCCGUUUUCAUCGAUCCCAUCAAUGAUUUGGUGAUUCAGACGCAGCCGGGGGACCGAUGCAGCAUCACCGUUCUGGAUAACGAUCCGCUAUCACAGAGACCCGGACAACUCUCUCCCAAAAAGUUUCCGUGUGAUUUCGGCCCCAAUGAUGUGACAUACUCCCACUUCGGGUCGAGGAGCCCAGCCAAAGACAGAGUGAGGCUGCAGCUCAGGUAUGACACGCAAACCGAAACCGUUAUAAUCCCGUUUAUGAUGGAGAUAGAGGUAGUUUUUACGCAGCUGGAGUUACUUACAAAAAACAUGCCUCUUAUUGUUGAUACUCUGAAGGGCAUCAGCAACCCCAUUGACAAAAAGACUUUAGAGUUCACUUAUGACAGAGACUCGUAUAAAUGUGAGGUGACAUCCCUUUCAAGUGGCAGCGCGCUCCCUAGAUACGGCAGACUAAUUGAUGAGAGUAAACUUGCCAAAAUGAUGGACUGUGAUGAGUUCACCCAGGCUGACAUCCGCUAUGAACACACGUUUGACCGCAAGUCUCCAAACAGAGACUAUGUUCCCAUGGUGGUGGAGCUGCACGAUAAGGAGGGCAAUCUAGUCAAGCAGGAGUAUUUCCAUCUAAUGAUUCGCAUCAAAGAUGGAGAGGAGAACACUCCUCCCAAACCCAGCUUUGUGUCCAUGAUGAUGAUGGAGGUUAGCCAGUUUGUGAUGACAGCUCUCACCCCAGAUAUGCUCGCUGCUGAAGAUGCCGAGUCAGACCCAGAUGAGCUUAUAUUCAAUAUCACCUCUCCCUUAUCUUAUGAGGAGGGCUACAUAGUCAGCACUGAUGACAGAAACCUCCCCAUCACAUCCUUCUACCAGAGAGACUUAAGGGAUUUGAAAAUAGCUUACAAGCCUCCCUCCCUGGAUUCAGACACUGAGAGGAUUUUCCAGCUUGAGUUUGAGGUGGUGGAUACAGACGGGGCCGUCUCUGACCUCUUUGCAUUCAUGAUAGUUGUGAAGCCCAUGAACUCUUUGGCCCCAGUGGUGACACGUAACACGGGUCAGUUGCUGUAUGAGGGGCAGUCUCGCCCGCUCUUCACCGCCCACAACCUGGAGAUCAGCGACGAGGACAACCUGGACAGUGUCACUGUUACAGUUGUGGACGGGCUGCGCCACGGGGACCUCACAGUCCUGGGCUCUCACAGGAAAUUUUUCACGCCUGCUGACCUCGCUGCGGGGGUUGUUGUGUACCAGCAUGAUGGAAGUGACACAUACAGCGACAACAUCAUCUUCAAGAUGACGGAUGGAAAGAACGAAGUAGAAUUCCUUUUUCCUAUAACAGUCGUGCCCAUGGAUGACGAGCCGCCGAUUAUAAAUGCCAACACUGGCCUGGUGCUAUUCAAAAACCAAAUGAUGCCUAUAUCGCCACUCAUGCUUAGUGCAGCUGAUAUUGACUCUGAAGACUCAACUAUUAAAUUUAACAUUGUCCCCCCCUUUUCAACAAUUGGUGUGGUGCUUUUGAGGCAGUCAGAUGCUCCAGAGGACCCCUCCUCUUGGAAGUUUAAUGCUGAGGAUGAAGUGUAUGAAAAGGAGGUGACAGAGUGGCUUCAGAAAGAUAUCACUGAUGGGAAACUUUUUUACAAGCACACAGGCCCCCACAACACAGAUACAGUUAUGGAUCAGUUUGUGUUCACAGUUCAGGAUGACAAUGACCCACCUAAUGAAUCAGGAGAGAGUGUAUUUAUAAUUAGGGUUUUACCAAUAGAUGAUGUUCCCCCUGAGCUGUUCCCUGGCACCACUCUACAAAUGACUGUUCAAGAGUACAAGCUCACUCACUUUAGCAAAGAAGUUCUGCGCUACACCGAUUUAGACUCCGAAGACCGCGAUCUGAAAUACACAGUUCUCCAGCCGCCCACAGACACCGAUGAAAACAACCCGGUCGUGUUUGGUUCCCUGGUUCUGACAGACAGCCCUGACGUGGAAGUCACCGAGUUCACACAAGCCCAAAUCAAUCAUCACAAAAUCUCCUAUAGCCCUCCUGAUGUGGAGCUUGGAAUCACAGCCCAUGUAGUGCAGUUUCGCUAUUCAGUAGAAGACACGGCUGGGAACAGUGUAGAGGGAGCAUUCACCAUCUACCUCCAGCCUGUCAACAACAAACCCCCUCAGAUCACUAACACUGGCUUCACUGUGUUUGAGCGUGGCAUGCACAUCAUGUCUUUUGCUGAGCUGGAUGCCACAGACCCCGACACAGAUAUUAAACAGAUUACCUUCACUCUUAGCCAGGCCCCUAAACACGGACAGAUCCAGGUAGCAUUUACUGACCUAGAGAGAGAAGGGGUUUUCAAACUGGAGGAUAUCUCAGAGGGGAGGAUAUCCUACAUUCAUAGUGGGGAUGAGACGGUGAGUGAUGAAUUUCAAUUGGAUGUCAGUGAUGGCAUCCACGUAGUAACAGUGACAGUCAAAGUCAUAGUAAAGCCUGUCGACGACGAGACUCCAACUGUCAGCCUGCCUGUCGGGACUAUUGGCUCCCGCAUGGAUGUGCUGGAAAACGGAGCCACAGAAAUCACAACCAAUGUCAUUCAAGGACAUGAUGAUGACACAGAUGACCUACAGCUGACCUUUAUUGUAGAGGAUCCCCCUGUUCUGGGAGAAAUCCUGGUGAAAGGAGUCCCUGCUACUAGGUUUACACAGGCAGACAUUAUUAAUGGCGUGGUUGUGUAUGCACACACUGGUGGCGAGAUAGGCCUCACCUCUCAACAGGACAGCUUCAACUUGACCCUCACAGACAUGUCCGAAGAAUGGACAGUCGGAGGCAAUAAAGUCAGUGGAGUCCGUGUUCAAGUAACUAUUCUCCCAGUGGACAGCCAGGCCCCUGAGGUUGGAGUCGGGGUUCAAUUCAGUGUCAUUGAAGGAGAGAAGUAUGCCAUCGGCCCUCAGCACUUGAACGCUGAUGAUAAUGAUACUCCUACGGAUGAUAUCCUCUGCACCAUCAUUGUCCAGCCCACUGCUGGUUACGUGGAAAAUAUCUCUCCUGCCCCAGGCUCAGAAAAGUCAAGGUCAGGAACAGCCAUCAGUGCUUUUACCAUCAGAGAUGUAAGGGAAGGAAAUAUCUACUAUGUGCAGAGCAUUCACAAAGGUGUUGAGCCAGUAGAGGACAGGUUCACAUUUAGAUGCUCUGAUGGUAUCAAUUUUUCAGAGAAUAAUUUCUUCCCUAUUAUCAUCAUCCCUACAAAUGAUGAGAAGCCAGAGAUUUAUAUGAGGGAGAUAGUAGUGAUGGAGGGCAUGAAUAUUGUAAUUGACACUCCAAUUCUGAAUGGAGAUGAUGCUGACAUUCCACCUGAGGAGCUGAUAUUCAUCAUUUCAAAACCUCCCAGACACGGGGCAAUUUUGAACCAGCUAUCCACAGGCUCAGUUUUGGUGACUAACUUCACCUUAGAGCAGAUUAGAGAGGCCUCCAGUAUUAUUUAUGAGCACGAUGACUCAGAGACGACAGAGGACAGUUUUGAUGUCAUUCUCACAGAUGGAAAGUAUUACGUGGAGAAAACAGCCAUGGUUAUGAUCAUCGCUGUGGAUGAUGAGACCCCGAGGAUGGAGAUAAACGACGGUCUGGAGAUAGAAAUCGGAGAGGCCAAAGAGAUCGACAACAAUGUGCUCAAAGCAACAGAUUUAGAUUCAGAUGAUAGCACGCUCACCUAUAUAAUCCGGUUUGGUCCUGGUCAGGGUCUCUUGCAGAGGAAAACUCCAUCAGGGUCUCUGGAGAACAUUACAGUAGGCAUGAACUUCACACAAGCGGAGGUGGAUGCUGGGCAAAUUGUUUACAUGCACAGUGGGCAAGAGGGCAUCCGAGAUUUGGUCAAAUUUGAUGUCACUGAUGGCUUGAACCCACUAAUCGACCGUUAUUUCUAUAUCACCGUGAGCAGUAUUGACAUGGUGUUCCCUGAUGUAGUCAGUAAGGGUGUAUCUCUGAAAGAGGGUGGCAGAGUGACUUUGACCACAGACCUUCUUAGCACCACCGACCUCAACAGCCCUGAUGAGAAUUUGGUCUUCACCAUCACCAGGGCGCCUGUCAGAGGCCACUUGGAGUGUACAGAUACUCCUGGAAUGCCCAUUGUCUCGUUCACUCAGCUCCAACUCGCUGGCAGUAAAAUCUAUUACAUCCACACCUCAGAUGAUGAGGUGAAGAUGGACAGCUUUGAGUUUGAAGUUACUGAUGGCUACAAUCCUGUUUUCAGAACGUUUAGAGUCUCUAUUGUGGAUGUUGACAACAAGAAACCUGUUCUGACCGUGAAUGAUAUAGUUGUUACAGAAGGGCAAACUAAGCUGAUUACACCAUUUGAGCUUACUGCAGAGGACCAGGACACAGCAGAGAAUCUGCUGAAAUUCACUGUUACCCAGCUGCCCGUUCACGGUAAAUUGCUCUACAAUCAGUCCACUCCCGUCACCAGCUUCACCAAACAAGACCUGAAUGAAAAUCUCAUCAGCUACAAACAUGAUGGAACCGAAUCCUCAGAGGACUCCUUCUCCUUUACCAUUACUGAUGGUACACACAUUGACUUUUAUGUUUUCCCUGACACUGUUUUUGAAACCCGGCGCCCUCAAACCAUGAAGAUUACCAUUGUGGCGACGGACAAUGGGGUCCCCCAGAUUGUGGUGAAUAAAGGUGCCCCCACAUUGAAGGUCUUGGCCACAGGUCACCUGGGAUAUCCCAUCAGCUCCAAGGUGCUGAGGGCAGAGGACAGAGAUAGCAGCGCAGCCUCUCUGGUGUUCCACAUCACCAGCCAGCCCAAGCAUGGCUACAUCAUCAACCUGGGACAAGGAAAUGACUCCAUCAACACAUUCAGCCAAGCUAACAUUAAUGACCUAAACAUCUGCUACGUGCUGCGGAAUGGAGAAAAUGCUACAUCUGACCUCUUCCAUUUCUCCGUCGAGGAUAAUGGUGGCAAUAAGCUGAAAGGACAGCAGUUCCGUCUGGACUGGGCCUGGAUCUCGCUGGAGAAGGAGUACUAUGUGGUGGACGAGGAGGACAAGUUCCUGGAGGUGACGCUCCGGCGCAGAGGCUACCUGGGAGAGACCUCUUUUGUUGGUAUUGGCACUCAGGAUGGUAGUGCAGAGAAGGAGCAGGAUUUCAAGGGUAAGUCCCAGAGGCAGGUCCAGUUCAACCCAGGACAGACUCAGGCCACGUGGCGGGUGAGGAUCCUGACAGACGGGAAGUACGAGCAGUCGGAGACCUUCCAGAUCCUGCUGUCGGAGCCAGUUAUGGGAGCGCUGGAAUUCCCAACCACAGCCACAGUGGAGAUUGUGGACCCCAGUGAUGAGUCGACCGUGUUCAUUCCCAAGCAGAGCUACACGGUGGAGGAGGAUGUCGGCGAGCUCCUCAUCCCCGUGCACAGGAGCGGAGACAUCAGCCAGGAGCUCAUGGUGGUCUGCUACACACAGCAGGGUUCAGCCACAGGGACGGUUCCCACCGCAGUUCUGUCAUAUUCGGACUUCAUCUCGCGCCCCGAGGAGCACGGCAGCAUCCUGCGAUUUGACAAGGGCGAGAGGGAGAAGCAGUGUCGCGUGGUGAUCAUCGACGACUCACUCUACGAGGGCGAGGAGAGCUUCAACGUCUCUGUGUCACUGCCCAUCGGGGGGCGUCUUGGAGCGCAUUACCCCAGCACGAAAGUCAGCAUCUUGCCAGAUGUGGAUGAUGCUCCGGUGUUUUACUUUGGAGAAGUGGAGUACCAUGUAGAUGAGAGCGAUGGCUACGUGGAGGUCAAAGUGUGGAGGACAGGGACCGAUCUGUCCAAGACUGCCACAGUCACCGUCCGCUCGCGUAAGGCUGAGCCCGUCUCCGCCGAAGCUGGUAUUGACUACGUAGGUAUCAGCCGUAACCUGGACUUCGCCCCAGGGGUCAGCAUGCAGACGUUCAGGGUCGCCAUUCUAGAUGACCUGGGACGACCUGAGCUGGAGGGGACAGAGACGUUUGAGCUGGUCCUCCGUAUGCCGGUGAACGGCAUUCUGGGAGAACCUGGAAAGGCUACUGUCUUCAUCAAUGACUCCGUGUCCGACUUGCCAAAGGUGCAGUUCCGUGAUCCGGUGUACUCUGGAGAGGAGAGUGACGGUCAGAUCUCGGCGACGGUCUACCGCAGCGGGGACAUCAGACACAAAUCCACCGUUCGCUGUUACACCCGGCAGGGCUCUGCGCAGGUUGCCGUUGACUUUGAUGAGCGACCCAACACAGACGCCUCAAUCAUCACCUUCUUACCAGGUGAGGCUGAGAAGUUGUGCACUCUGUCGCUGGUCGACGACACGCUGUAUGAGGAAGGAGAGGAGCUGCGGUUGGUCCUGGGGAGCCCCAAGAGUGACUCACCGUUUGGCGCAUCAGUGGGGGCUCUAAAUGAGACCCUGGUGAAAAUACUAGACACAGCUGACAAGUCCAUCAUUCGUUUUGCGGAGACAAAGUUCAGUGUCAGCGAGCCGAAAGAGGCCGGUGCCGUCGCCACGGUGAGGAUCCCUGUGGUGCGACUGGGUGACACAUCCAAGGUGUCGCUGGUCCGCGUUCACACCAAAGAUGGGUCAGCUGUCUCAGGAGAGGACUACUACCCCAUAUCCCAAGACAUUGAGUUCAAACAGGGAGACCAGGAGCAUGUGGUGGAGGUGGAGGUGCUGUAUGAUGGCGUGAGAGAGAUGAGGGAAGCUUUUACUCUCCACCUGAAGCCUGAUGAAAACAUGGUGGCCGAAACUCAGGUAACCAGAGUGAUUGUCUACAUCGAGGAGACUAAUAGCAUGGCUGACGUCACCUUCCCCUCCCUGCCUCACGUGGUGUCGCUGCUCCACUACGAUGACGUGGCCAGGACAUCAGAAAACCUCCACCCGCCCGCUGGCUACCCUGUCAUCUGUGUCACAGCUUGCAACCCAAAAUACCCAGACUAUGACAAGACGGGCUCUAUCUGUGUCAGUGAGCACAUCAACGACACCCUGACCCUCUACCGCUGGCUCAUCAGUGCCCCGGCCGGUCCUGACGGCGUCACCAGUCCCAUGAGGGAGGUGGACUUUGACACCUUCUUUACGUCCUCCAAGAUGAUCACGCUGGACUCAGUGUACUUCCAGGCCGGCUCCAGGAUCCAGUGUGCUGCCAGGGCUGUCAACUCCAAUGGGGAUGAGGGUUUGGAGCUCAGCAGUCCUAUUGUCACUGUAAGCCAAGAGGAAGGUAUGUGCCAGCCACGGAAGAUGGGGACGGUUGGCGCAGAGCCUUUUUCCGCCAAGCUGCGCUACACUGGAGCAGAUGACCCAAAACACCCCAACCUCAUCAAACUGACGGUCACCAUGCCUCACAUGGACGGUAUGCUUCCAGUGAUAUCCACCCGGCCUCUCAUGAACUUUGAACUGACCCUCAGUCCGGAUGGAACCCGUGUUGGCAACCACCGCUGCUCGAACCUGCUCGACUACAACGAGGUCACCACAGGUCACGGCUUCAUUACUGCGGCGACGCGCAACCCCGAGAGUGUGGGCGAUACCGCGCCCUACCAGUACAGCAGCUCUCUGCGGGGGAACAGCACGCUGCGCUUUUACAGGAACCUCAACCUGGAGGCUUGUCUCUGGGAGUUCACCAGCUACUACGACAUGUCUGAGCUGCUCACUGACUGUGGAGGCACCAUAGGGACUGACGGACAGGUGCUGAACCUGGUCCAGUCAUACGUGACUCUGCGUGUGCCCCUUCAUGUGUCCUAUGUCUUCCACUCCCCUGUGGGCUCUGGUGGCUGGCAGCACUUUGACCUUCAGUCAGAGCUGCGCCUCACCUUCGUAUACGACACGGCCAUCCUGUGGAAGGACGGCAUCGGAAGCCCGCCACAGGCCGAGCUGCAGGGUGCAUUGUACCCAACCAGUAUGCGCAUCAACGACCAGGGACGUUUAGUCGUAAACUUCCGCACCAAAGCCCGUUUCAGGGGUCUGUUUGUGGAGUCUCAUUCAGGAGGCAGAAUCAAGAGGGCUGUGUCCUCCAUGUCAUCCAUGGUGAUGUGCGCUGACCACCCUGGCCUGACCUUUAACCUCAGCUUGGUGAGGAGCGAGCCGACUUACAACCAGCCCGUCCAACAGUGGACCUUCACCUCUGACUUUGCUGUGAGAGACUACUCUGGUACCUACACAGUGAAGCUGAUCCCCUGCACCACAGCGCAAAAUAUGGAGUACACCGUCCCACCUGUCUGCAACCCCAGAGAACUGGUCACCUUCGACCUGGACAUUCGAUUCCAACAAGUGAGUGACCCAGUUGCGGUGGAGUUCAGCCUGAACACUCAGAUGUUUUUGCUGUCCAAGAGGAGCCUGUGGCUGUCUGAUGGCUCCAUGGGUUUUGGACAGGAGAGUGAUGUAGCGUUCUCUGAGGGUGAUACGAUCUAUGGUCGUGUCAUGGUGGACCCUGUGCAGAACCUCGGAGACUCUUUCUUCUGUAACAUCGAGAAGGUGUACCUCUGCACUGGCGCCGAUGGAUAUGUACCGAAGUACAACCCUACCAAAUUUGAAUUUGGCUGCCUGGCUGACUCUCCUUCACUGCUCUAUAGGUUCAAGAUUCUUGACAAGGCGCAGCCGGAGACGCAGGCACGUGUGUUUGGGGAUGUUGGCUUUAAUGCUCUGCUGGCGGUGGAUGAUCCCUCAGCCAUGUCCCUAGUCAGACAGCCGGGAUCAGACGGCUUCAGACUAGACUCUACAGCCAUGUUCCAGGUGGCUGCUGGUCGCGAGUGGUACAUUCACACCAUAUACACAGUCCGCUCCAAAGAAAAUGCCAACAGAGGCAUUGGAAAGCGCAGCCUGGAGUACCACUCCUUGAUUUCCACAAGCAACGAACUCGGUUUGACCCCAUUAAACGGCAAAGGCCAUCGCUCCAGAAGGUCGGCUGGCAAUGAAGUCCCAGAGGUCGCCGAGGAUAUUGGAGUGGACAAUAACCGCGGUACCAAUAUAAUGCACAUCGCCUUGGACCGCACCAAGCGGCGGGCAGCGGGGGUGAAUGAAGUGUACGCAGAUGGGCUUGAACCCAGCGAGCUGAACGCAGAGGAGGGAGAGGAUGGGCUGGUGACUGUGGUGGGGGCACUGGUGGGGAUGCUGCUGACUGUCCUCGUCAUCAUCAUCCUCAUACUGGUGCUGAGAUCCAGACAGAACGGAGAGAAGGAAGGAGGAAGGGAAGGGAUGAGGGAGGUGGUGAAAGGAUCAAUCAGUACGGAGCCCAUGUUGGUGGUGAGGAUGCAAGACUGCCACAACAGCUCAGAGGUCUGAGUCAUUGAUUGUGCAGAUGGACAGAUGGACAAAGGGAUGAAGAGUAUGAGGGGUUUUUAUAAAAUUUUGGAUUUUUUUUAAACUGGUAUUAAAUUACUUUCAUAACACCAAAAAUCUGAGGUUGAUACUAUGGGGGUGGGUUGAUGUGUGUGCGUACGCGAGUAUGUAUAUGUGUGUGCGAGCAAGGGAGGGUUACAUUUCUGCUGAAACAAAUAAGCACCCUGAUCACUGCAAAAAAAAAAAAAAAAAAAAAAAAAAGAAGAGGAAAGAAAAAAGAAAACAGCAUCAGAGUACCACAUCAUGUCUUCACCCAACGUUCCAACUUGUGCUGCUAGUAACAUGGUUUUUCACUUCUCUCCCACAGUUUUUUUCACGGUUGGCUUUAUGGUGUUAAAGUGCCUCGGGCAGCUAUAUCCCUUAAGGACAGUCCCAGAUGCUAAGAGCACUUUUCUCAUAAAGCCAGUGUCACGCAGGCCAAGUCAGAGAUUAAGCGGUGCACCUUGGGUAAAGGAGACUAGAUGAUGUCAGUGUGUACACUUAGAGGAAGAGUUUUUAAAAUUUCAGUCAUUACUGACAGUACCCCCCAUAUUAGUCAAAACUGCUUUUGAAAUUCAUAGGAUUACCAAACACAUCACCAUCUGAGCUUUCUCCCAAAUUAUUGAUGUUAACAAACCCAUCUUUUUACAGCUUGAAAAGCAUAAAAUGGCCAUCAAAACUCUCCCCAAACAGCUCAUACAGCAUAAUCCAAGUGUUUUGUUGCCAAAUGUUUGCACUGUGGGUCCAAAAGUGCCACAUUUACCCCAAUGUCUCCUAUAUUUUCCUCAAUGAGGAUUAUUGUAGCGUGGACCGGGUGGAUCGUCCAUCCUACAGGACGGACCACUGUUGAGGAAAAAAUACAUGACAAAGAAACACUUUUGUACUCACAGUGCUAUCACUUGUUUACAAAACACCUACACUAUGGUACAAAAAAUGUGUGCACACUGUAUGGGAAAACUGAUGGGUCACUUUCUCUUUAUUCAGAACCAUAAAAAGAUUUCCUCAUUAAUUUAUGUAAUUUGGGCCUCAGAUGGGAUUCCAGGGGCAAACUCUGAGUGUGUUUGGUGGAUCUACAAACCUCACUGGAAUUUCAGCUACCAUGGGAUUGAGCGGAUAGUGACUUUCUCUAACUCCCAAACUUCUCCCCAGAGUAUCUCGCCGGGAUAAUCAGUAUAUUUACAUUUACACAAUUUGUAUUCCAGAGCAGAGUCAGUGCCGCUCCUUGUUUGUAAUCUGUGAACAGGAUGUGCACAACUCCUCUAGGCCUGCAGCACAGGAGGUGAACACCGCUGCUCUCCGACUUUUUGUGUUCACUGCUCAGCCACCCACUGCGUCUAUGGUCCUUUAUAUUGUUUACAGAGUGAUGAGGAAUGUCUUCUUAGGAGUUGCUGGAUUUUAUUGAGAGUUUCUGUUGCUGCUGGGUUGGGUUCAGACUGUUUUUCUACUAUUAUUUGUAUUCGUAGUAAACUUAGUAUUUACUCCAUCACAUGUUUACAGCUCAUCACUGCUUCUGCUACCAAACAUUUUACUGCUGUACGUCCAUGCAUUAAUGUUACUCCACUGUGUUUGUGUAUCUUACUGUCAUAUUUAUUCAAAAUACCAUGGGUAUCAUAAUCUAUGAAAUUAACACUGGAUAGGUUAUGUGUCAAGACACUCAUCUCAGGAGCUCUUUCCUUUAUGGAUUAUGGACUGUGAUGUAACACAAUCUUACUGUUGUUUACCUUAGAAAAUCUCAACCGAGCCACUUUCCACUCGUGUGUGUGACUGCUAAUAACUGUGGUGCUGUGAACAUCCCUAUCCAUAUUCAACAGUGUCACUCCCAUUUUUCCAACAUCAUGUUUCUGUAAGCUAUAUUUGUCACUUGUACAAUGGGGUUUUGAGUGCUCUAACUCAACUUUUUGAUUAAAUGAUGCAAACAAAACAGCUGCUUAUAGACCAAUAUGCCACCACUAAAAUAUGUUGAGACAUUUGUUGUGAAACUCCUGUCUCCUGUUGAUGUCACCGGUGAAAUGGCCUAUCUUGUUUUCAUGUGUUGCUAAAACUUCUGUCUUCUGCUCUUGAUAUAUAUAUAUAACAUGCUGAGAUCAGUGUUCCUAAAUAUUUGUCUUAUUCUGGUGUUGUCAGUCAUCACUGUAUAAACUAUUUCCAAAAAAAAUGUGAUGAACAUGAGCCAGAUAUCAGCGAAGUUGUGGAUCAGUGAGGGACGUAGAGAAGGGUCUCUACAACCCCAUAGUCUGCCUGAUGAUUUGAUUUGUGAUGAAAUUGGAAAUAUCAUGACUUCUGACAUCAAAUGCACUUUUUCAGUCCUGUCCCUCACAUGCCAAUCAAAGCUAUGCAAUGUAAUCUAUACCCCCACCCCCACCCCUCCACACACACACACACACACACACACACACACAGCCAUUUAUCCCCAUGUAUGUUGCGAAUUCAGCACAAAGAAUCAAACUUGAUAUUCACUUUGUGUCUUUUUAUG